UUCCUCGCCAACAGGUGGAGACAUGUUUUAGUUCCUAUACAUUUUGCCAAUGCGGAGUCAGUUUUCUUUUGCCAAAUCUGUGUUGUACUUGUUUCCUGGUUUGCAGCAUACUUACUGCAGAAGUGCGUACUGCAGGUAAAUUAACUGUAUUGUAAUACUAAAACGUGAAAUAAUGCUUUGUGUUUCUACCAUUUUAACUGACAAUUAUUUUAACGAACGUGGUAAAAACGGUAAUUUACACUGCCUGUCUUAAUUUUGAACUUCGUUUGUGUUUAGAAUAAUAGUCCUCUUCAUUUUGACCUCUGAUCGUUGUCUUUAUACGUACGGAUGAACAUGAAAGAAAAGGCUAAGACUAUUCUAAAACGUUAUGACAUUGGAAGGAAAUUUUCUCAUUUGUCAUCUUUACCUAAAGCAUCUGUCCUUAUCCCUUUGUUUGUGAGAAAUGGAGAACUUCAUGUGCUGAUGACAGUUAGGUCAAUAGAGCUAAAAAACAGUGGGGGGCAGGUGUGCUUUCCUGGAGGUAAGUGUGAGCCAAAGGACCACGAUGAAAUCGACACAGCACUCAGAGAAGCCAGGGAGGAAAUAGGUCUUCCACCAGACAAGGUGGAGGUCAUUGGCAGACUUGUUCCAGUUAUUAGCAAGGCUGGCAUGUUAGUAACACCAGUGAUGGCUUUCAUUGAGGAAACCUUCCAAGCCCAACCCAGUCCAGAUGAAGUGAGUGAUGUAUUCACGGUUCCAUUGCACUAUUUCAUUAACCCAGCACGCCACACUGCCCAAGCCAUUCCAGGGCUGCCAGGACGUUUGCAUUUCUUCACAUAUGAGGAGCCCAAAACUGGCAAAUCCUAUCUGAUAUGGGGGCUUACUGCAACUUUGGCUUUACUUGUUGCUGUUUUGGCUUUGGGGAAGAAGCCAAGGUUUGAUGUAGUCUUUGAUGUUGAAGAUCCGCUACCUUUCUUUGAGAGCAGUCUUACUAAGAGAUACCUCCGAGGCAAGCUAUGACCUGUGAUAAGCGCCUUAUAACAUACUGCCAGUAAUGGGGACAGAUAAGACUCCAAUUGCAUAGCAGAUUAAGCCAUGGCACCCCUUGACAAAAGAUGAAGGUUAAAAUAAUUUCCCAAUACCUCUAAAUAACAUGAUACCUUCCUUUCAACUGCAUCUAUCACUGCUGAUGCUACCCAAAUCAGAUGUUGGGCAUUUAGCUUUCUUUCCAAAUUCUAAGGAUAGUUAUUGAUUCCUUUUAGAAUAAAUGUUUCUACAAAUGCAUUAGUAUGGAGGUGUACUUUAUUAAUCUCAAAAUGAGUGGCUCAAAAAUAACUAAAAAUAAAAUAAAAUAAAAAGUGUCUAUGCUGUCUAGCCUGUUCAGGUAGAUCCCAUUGUAUAAGACUUAUGCAAUUCAUUGAUUUGAAAGAGCUGUAUGUGUGUUUACCAACAUCCUCUACAAAGAUAUCAACAUUUUGUGUAAUAAUUGAAUGUAAUUUUAUUUUUUGUUCUGGGUAAUAUAUUGAAUUGUAUUGUAUUGAAUUGAAUAGGAAGACAUUAUCUUGGCAACUAUUUGUGCGAUUUUGAUGAACUGGUGCAUGGGAAUUUGUUAUGAAAUUCUAUUACAACAUUGUGACCAACAUGUAUUCCAGUAAUGGGAAUUAUUUAUAAUCUUGCCAAGGGAUAUUGUUAUGAUUAGAAAAAAAUGAUAUUAUUUUCUACUAUAACAUUUUUCAUGACAUUACCCUUAUUUAUAUUUAGAAUGUUUGAAUGAACAAGAAGACAUUACCAUCAGUGCUAAAGUGAAACUGGAUUAUUGCUGUGCUUGUGGUGUUCAUUUACUGUACAUGAACCAUUGUACUGUACAUUGAUAAUCAGACAUGUAAACAGAUAUGACCCAAUAACAAUACAAGAAUUUGAUUAAGGAAUACCGAUAAAGGAUUCAAAUUGAUAUUCACUGUCAAUUCAGUGCAAUCAACAUUCUCUAAAACUCUCCAUAGCUCGUAUUUCAGUCAGUAUAAUAUACAAUGGCCAAUGUGUUUGUCAGUUUUAGUAAAACCUGAUAGUGUGGAGUAGUGGUUAGGGCUCUGGACUCCUGACCGGAGGGUCGUGGGUUCAAUCCCAGGUGGGGGACACUGUUGCUGUACCCUUGAGCAAGGUACUUUACCUAGAUUGCUCCAGUAAAAACCCAACUGUAUAAAUGGGUAAUUGUAUGUAAAAAUAAUGUGUAAAAAAUAAUGUAAUUGUAUGUAAAAAUGUGAAAUCUUGUAACAAUUGUAAGUCGCCCUGGAUAAAGGCAUCUGCUAAUAAAUAAAUAAUAAUAA